AUGUUGUUGAUUCUUAUAUCGUGGUCUAAACAACCGGGAAAUGACAUAGAUGUCUACCUUGAACCUAUCAUUGAUGAUUUGACAAAGAUGUGGGAUGAAGGGGUUUUCGUAUUCAGUGCACAUGCAAAUGAGACGUUUAGAUUGUGUGCAAUGCUUUUCUGCACCAUCAAUGACUUCCCUACUUAUGGUAACUUAUCCGGACAUGAUCAUCCUUAUCCUAAUAUGAAGACAACAUUCAAUGGGGAUGUUGAGAUAGAUGUAGCUCGUAGAGCGUUGACUGGUAAGGAAGUUUAUGAGCGGGUCAAGGAUGUUCAAACGGUCUCCGGCAAGCAUUGUCUUGACGUCAUGCAUAUUGAGAAAAAUGUAUGUGAAGCAAUUCUUGGGACACUUAUGAAUAUUUCGGGCAAGACAAAGGAUACCAAGGAAGUUAGAGAAUACUUGAAAAGUAAGGGGUUUCGUCCAGAGCUGCGGCCUCAGUCUUUGGGAUAUAAUAAUAAGGAAAUGGAGAAAGGGGGUGCCAAUAAAAAAGGGAAAGGCAAAGGCAAAGAAAAGGGCAACGGCAAAGGGAAGAAGAAAAACGAUUACUUGCCUCCGGCUUGUUUCACAUUGUCCAAAGAAGAAAAACGAUUAUUUUGUGAUUGCUUGUAUGGCAUUAAGGAUCCCUCGGGCAAAGUGCUUGAUCUGUCAACACUCGAUGAACUUCAGAAUAAAGUAAAAAUCCAAACAUUAUGCGAAUUUGAGAUACACAUAGGAGUUUUACAAGAUAAAGUGAGGAAUCCUGCACAACCAGAAGGUAGUAUGAUUCAAGGAAACGUGGGUGAAGAAGUUGGAAAUUUUGUGGCCGAGUUUCUAGCAAGAGCUGAACCUAUUGGUCUUCCUACAUCCCGACACGAGGGAAGACUAGAAGGCAAGGGUACAAUUGGGUCAAAAUUGAUCUCACCUCCUAUGCAUAAGCUAUUACAAUCUCACUUAUGUGUGUUGCAUCAUAUUCUAGCCGUCCACCCGUAUUUGGUGAUGCAUAAGCAUGAAUUGGCUAAUGAAUACCCUUCCACAGGGGAAAGAGAAUUGACGCAGUUGCAUAAUAAAGAGUUCAUUAAAUGGUUCCAAGAUAAGUUUAUUGGUGAACUAGAAGUAGCUAGUAAUAGUUUUUGUGAAACUGUUCAGUAUCUAGCUCUUGGUUCUUGGGAAGCUGUGCAUUCAUAUCAGGGUUAUGAUGUCAAUGAAUACACAUUUUGGACCGAGCGCCAAGAUCAGAAGUCCUUGUCAGUGCAAAAUAGUGGUGUCUCCAUCGUGGCAUCAUCAAGAGAGUAUGCUAGUGCUAAGGAUAGAUGUCCGGUUGAUGCCAAGUUGUCUUACUAUGGGCGAGUCCAAGACAUAUGGGAGCUUAGCUGUGGUACAAAAUUCAAUGUUUGUCUGUUUUGGUGGAAGUGGGCUGAUAAUAAUAGGAGGUGUGUAAAAAGGGAUGAUGCUUGUGUGUUCACUCUUGGGGCUCAAUCAUAG